AUGCCUAGGCCGCCGCCCCGUUCCCUCCAGGAGUAUUUCUACUACCUUCUCGUGGACUCGCCUGCAUUCAACAACUGGGUGCGCCGAAUCCACGCAAGGGUAAAUCGAAUACCGUACCAGGCCGAACACGAACCUACAAAAUCUAUGGAUGCCCUGACGUAUACUCCAACCAGGCUCCACAAGAUGAAUGCAUUCCGGAUUAUCUGGGUAGACGAGUUGAAACGAACGUUCAAAAUUUGGUGA